CACAUAAGAGGUCCUCAGGUGAGUCAGUGCACCUGGGAGCAGAUUUGCAGGACACUCAGAAGAGGACAGAGAGGAUUCGUCUUCCUUCUCUCCUCAGGUGUGGCACUUUCCUCCACAUGAAGAGCUGUGAUGAAGACAGGUGUCCUGUGGCCCGGCCUCCUCGCUCCUGUCUGCGGUCCGGACCAACCAGGGGCACGAGAGUGACCUUCAGUUGGGACUCGAGGCUGUGUGAGGAGGAGGAGGAGGAGGAUCCAGGUGAAGGUCAGACUGUGUCAACUCCACUUUUCCAACCGCUGCUGACUUUAACCACAGGUCAGAGGUCUCCUAGACCUCCUCCUCGUCAUCAGGCGAUGAGGAGUGUAAUUGUUCUAACAGCCAAUCGUCUUCAGAGGAGUCUUGAUGACUUCACUGGUGACUUCAGUCAGUUGUUGUUUCCAGACUCAUCAGCAGGAGGCAGCGUCGUUCCAGGAAUCCACCUGUGUCUUCCUCUCUCUGCAGAUCUGAAUGAUGCUGCUCAGCACUCACAGGAAGUGGGUGUUUCUGCUGAUCGUCCGCAGGGCCACACCUGGUCAGACACCUGGUCCCUUCAGAGCGGCGGGUCUGUUGGUGUGUCGGAGCUGUCGGUGGUGCUCGGCGGUCUGCUGCAGCUGGUGGAGCAGCACUGGAAUGGACCCGGAUCCCUCCGGCGACACCAGCAGUUCCUCAGUGGAUCAUACGACCUCCUGUCGGAGCUGCUGCAGCCUGCAGGGGGGCGCGGCCCGCCGGCCAAGGGGACUUCACAGAGUUGUGAACUGGUCCUGCUGAGGAGGAAACUGGAGAGAACUGAACUUCAACUGGAGAGGAUGAAGAGUCGGCUGCUGUUGGCGCUGAAGGAAAACUACCAGCUGAGACGAAGUCUUCAGCUGACCUCAGAACAGCAAACACACCGCGAUGAUGUCACAUGACCCACAUGAUAUCCUGUUAGCAGUUAGC